CGCAUUGUCGCGGCUUUGGUUGGGUGAGGGGAUGUGCAGUUGGAGAGCAAUGAAGGGGAAAAAAAAAUCACAGCUGUUUUUCGUCUGAUCUCAUCAAUGUUCACCGCCCACUCCCCAUGCUAACAACCAUUCCUCGUUUCCCUUUCUCGUCUGUGAGUAGCGGCAGUUGGUGCGGCGGAAGUGUUUGAAGCUAGAAAGCUCUUACGCCGAGACUGAAAUAUUCAUAAUAAAUAUUAAAUUUGUUUGUUUGAACAGAAGGGUCUCUCGGACAAACUCCUCCAACCCUCCCGCCUCCGCUCCUCGCCGUCCCUCCGCAUUCUCUUUCACGGUUAUCCUCCGUCCCUCCUUAAGACAGAGAUAGAUUUACUACUUCUCUACUUGAGAUACCCGCUUUUCAUCUAUAAAUUUGCUUUCUUGUGUAUCCGAAAUAUCUGUGAAAUCCGAAAAUUUUCAACAUGAAUUCCGGGGUCGAGGAGAUCGACCUCUACGAGGUUCUAAGUAUUGAGAGAACUGCGACAAAAGAAGAGAUCCGAAAGGCCUAUAGAAAGGCUGCCCUCGCUAGUCACCCAGACAAGGCCCCAGAGUCCGAACGUGAAGCCGCAGAGGUCAAGUUCAAGUCCGUUAGCCAGGCAUAUGACAUUCUCCAUGACGAUGAGAAACGACAUAUCUACGAUACCCACGGCAUGUCGGCGUUUGACGGGUCGGGUCGUCCCGGCAUGGGAGGUCCCGAUCUCGACGAUAUAAUUAACUCUAUGUUCGGCAUGGGAAUGGGAGGAGGAAUGCCUGGUUAUGGUCCGGGAGCCCCAAAGCCCAAGAAGGGUCCAAACGAAGAGCAGACGUAUACCGUAAGCCUGGAAGAUCUAUACAAAGGCCGAACUGUCAAGUUUGCCAGUACCAAAAACGUUAUCUGCAGCCUUUGCAAGGGUAGGGGUGGAAAGGAGAGGGCUACUCCAAAAACAUGUUCAGCAUGUGAUGGACAAGGCCACAAGGAGACCCUCGUGCAGAUUGGCCCCGGCCUCGUCACUCGCGCCACGGCGGAGUGUAAAGUGUGCGAAGGCUCCGGAAAAUUUUUUCAGGCAAAGGACAAGUGCAAGAAAUGCAAAGGCAAAAGAGUUACUGAAGAACGGAAAUUGCUGGAAAUUUAUAUUCCGCGAGGCGCCAAGCAAGGGGAUAGGAUCGUUUUAGAAGGCGAAGGAGACCAGAUUCCUGACGUUGAACCAGGCGAUAUUAUCUUUCAGUUGGAAGAGGCAGAGCACGACGUGUUCAAGCGCGCCGGUGGUGACCUUCACGCCGUUCUUCAUAUCACACUAGCCGAAGCCCUCUGCGGGUUUUCAAGAGUCGUAUUAAAGCAUCUGGACGGAAGAGGCAUAGAGCUGACCCACCCAAAGAAGCCUGGCGAUGUUUUGCGACCAGGACAGGUUCUCAAGAUCGCAGGCGAGGGCAUGCCAUAUAAACGAAGCGAAGCCCGCGGCGACCUUUAUUUGACUGUGGAGAUUAAGUUCCCGGAAGACGGAUGGGCGUCGGAUCAGACCCUUCUUAACAAGCUACGGGAUAUUCUCCCAGGUCCAGAGCCGCCAAUUGAAGCGGAGCCCGUUGAUGAAGUUGACUACGAUCCAAAGGCGAACUUGGACGACUUCGGGGCGAAAGAUGCCCAAGGUGGAUCGGCCUGGGAAGACGAAGACGAAGAAGAAGGUGGACCUCAAUGUGCAGCACAGUAAAAAUUCGGAAAAAUAAAGUUCGAAAACCGGGAAAUACCACUACGAGAGUCCGAUCUCGUAUCUUUUUGCCAGUUCAUUUUCAUUCCCAUUAUGGUUAUGGUCAUGAAAUGCGAUUACUCCGAUAAAGGAAUAAGGAUAACUUAGCAUGCUUAGGCGUUAGGAAGGGGAUUUAAAAUCUGAUUGUAUUGGGAUUUUGGCGUGAUAUCACCCCAGUUCCCAUCUACAUCUUGAUCGGAAGAAAAAAAAUUAGAGGCCAUUUUUGACCGUCUCAAAUCAAAGUAGCAAUGAAAUAAUUUUGCGAAGCUG